GGAGGAGGAGGAGGAGGAGGGGGAGGGGGGGAGGAAGUGGCCUCCACUCAGAGCUCAGGGGUCGGUGGUGACACUCAGGGAGGAGGCACAGCAGAGGAGUGGCUGCGUGCUCAGCCUGGUCUACACUAUGGAAUAGAGCAUGCUGAGGGCCUCCAAGGGCUGCCUGUUGACCAGUACAGCAUGCUCUAUAGGGUGGCUCUCCCCUCUGUCUCCUACUCCCAGACCAGUCUACACCCAGUGUUAAGCCAUAUCUCUCCAGCUUACACUGUCCCCUCAUCUCUCCUACAGCAUCAUCCAGGGAUCCCCUAUCCCCCUCUAGGCUAUGCCCAGAUCCCCCACUCCUCUUUCCAGUUUGUCAACUCCCCAUACGGUGCAGUCCCUUAUGCAGUCCCCCCUGGCUUUGUUCCCAGCUCCCUGAUCUCCCCCUCAGGCGCCCUCUCCCAGCCCCACCUGGUCCCCUACCAGUCAGUCAUCCAGGAUGGGGUGGUCUCCCCUCCUACCCAGGCCCAUGUAUCUGCCCAUGCCUUUGCCAAAGUGGGGUCAUCCGGAGGGGUCCCGCUGAUGCUGACCUCGGAGCAGCCUGCCCAGCACCAGCAGCACCUGGGCGUGCUGCCCGCCGCAGAGCUCAGUCCUCGGGGAGUGCCAGUCUUUUACCACCCUCAGGGCACCAGGGCUGUGCCUGCCCCCAGGGACCCCUACAGCGGGGAGCAGGAGACAGACAGGGAUAGGGAGGUGAAUGGAGGGGAGAGGGAGCAGGCAGCCAGGGAGAUGCUCCAGGACUCAGUCUACAUUGCCAGGAAUGCACGGUUGCUGCAGGCAGCAUCCGCCUCUGCAGCACUGGAGCACACACAGGACAGAAGCCUGAAGAGCCGCAGGCUGGACGAGAGGGCUUCACCUGGGCAGCGCAGCACCCCAGACACUGACCUGGAGGUUCAGCAGGUGGUUGGUCGCCUAGCCUCUCCUGUCCAAGGCGUGAGUGGAGGCCGCAAAGAGGUGUCCUUUGGUCCCCUGAACCUAUCCCAGGGCUCCCAGAGAGGCAGAGAGGCUCAUGGGGAGGCAGGCGCCAGUGCUGGCCGGACAGCGUACGCUAUCCACCCUGCGGUGUAUGGAGACCCCAGAAUGACAGCCCAGCAGCAGGCAGGGCAGCCAGGCCACGCGGUCAUCUUGGCCAAUGGACAGACAGUCCUGGUCCCCUUAGACUAUCACCACCUCCACCACCAACAUCAGCAGCCACCCCAGCACUACCCCAGCCAGACCAAUGACGACACCUCUGCUGUCACCAUGGCCUCCCCCACCACCUACUCUAAAGCCUCUGAAUCUCCAGCCAGAGUGUGCCUUCCAGACAGGGCAGUGGUGGAGCUGGCCGCCGUGCAGCACCCCCAGCAGCCUGUCUCUGUCCCAGUCGCGGCAGCCCUCACCCAGGCCCUGGCCCCGGCGCCCACCCCUGCCCCCUCCAAUCCCUCCCACUUCAUGAAGGGGGCCAUCAUCCAGCUGGCCACGGGGGAGCUGAAGCGCGUGGAGGACCUGCAGACUCAGGACUUUGUGCGGAGUGCUGAGGUGAGCGGGGGGCUGAAGAUCGACUCCAGCAUGGUGGUGGACAUCAGGGCCAGCCAGCAGAGACCCGGCCUGGUGGCGCUGCACUUCACAGUGGGCGAGCAGCAGAGCAAGGUGACCAUCGACGUGCCCCCGGAGCACCCCUUCUUUGUGUUUGGCCAAGGCUGGUCCUCCUGCAGCCCAGAGCGCACGGCCCAGCUCUAUGGCCUGGCCUGCCACCUCCUGCAGGUAGGAGACGUGUGUGUGUCCAUCACUCUGCAGCAGCCGCCCCAGCAGCAGAAACAGCCCCUACAACAACAACAACAACAACAACAGCAGCAGACCCAAGCCAGGACUUCCACCAAAGCAAACUCCACAUCAGGGGCCAUCGGCCAGCCCAUGGGGCCCCCUGCCCCCCAGCAGCCCAGGCCACAGCCUCACUUCAGGAUGGAACGCGUCCACAGAGAGAGGGAGAGAGGGGAUAAAGAGGAGCCCAUGCAACUAGGGGGUGUUGGGCAGAGUGAGAUGCCCACCAGACCAAAUAGGACUUCAGCAGAGCACACUAGGAGCCAGAGCAGUUACUAUUUGCACACAGAGGGUCCUGCUCGUCCAGGGGCGGGGGUGGGAGUGGUGUCGACCGUGUCGAGCGCGUCUCAGAGGCGCUGGUCCGCUUCCCGGCCUCCAGAGAUGCAUGAAGGUGGAGGAAGGGGCGCACCCUCAGCUGGGCUCCUCUCGACCCUCCUUCAUCCCACAGGAGGUCAAACUGUCCAUCGAGGGGCGCUCUAACGCUGGGAAGUAGCACCAACCACGGCAGUCCACACCACAGAAGAGACUGUGUCAGAGGAGCGAAAGCAUCAGAGAGAGAGAAAAAGGGGGAAAAGAGUGGGAAUGUAGCCUCAGAAUGUUUGAUAUUUUGCACACCUAAUAAGAUUACAAGCUCUUUGUUUUCAGAGGAGCUACCAGGUCUGGUGGCUGGUCAGGUCUGCUCUAUUUGGCAGUCUAUCUAUCUGUCAGUCAGUCAGGACAACUCCUGGUCCAGUGAUCAGGAGAUUGGGUCUCUUCUCUCCCAGGCUGACAGGGAACGGAUGCAGAAGCAGGGAGUGUAUGUAGCUGGUGAAUCACCUACCAAAGCCCUCAGACUGCAUCUUCCUACCGCCCUACCAACCCCUCAGAACCAUCCUUAUCAGAGGUGAUCGCAUUCACUGGACUUUCUCUCUUCUUUGACCAAACCAUCUCCUCUCGAAACCCAAGACUGGGGAGAAUAUAUAGCCCAUGUCUGGUAGACAGACACAGGGUCUGACACAGUGACCAGAGCUUAGCCAUCUUAUUAUGCUCUGUCUGUCUGGCUCCAUACUCCUUUCCCCCCACAUUUCUAUUUUGGUCUGUUACCUUCAAAGCGUUCUCCCAAAAAUAAAAAAAGACUAAAGGCACACUUGCGGUGCUGAAUUGCUGGCACGGCACAUAGAUGCCUUUCCCUCUAAUUAUGUUAGUUCUCUUGAUGCAGACUCUUGACGUGUGUCAUCGUCACUUAGUGUGCUUUUCUGGUAGGAGCAGAGGACUUCUACCAAUGCACAGACACUCUCCCCCGCCUCCCUGCCUCUCCUCUUAGGGCCCAGUCUGCUGAGAGAGGGUCUGAGAGGAGGGCAGGCAGCCUUGGAGGUCUUUCAAUCAGCUCCUUCAAUCAGAACCUAGGAAACCGCUCACUCCUUUCGUAAUGCACCAACCACGCUGCCCUGUUUUUCAUUUUACACCCCAACCCCACUUUGUGCCACGGUUACAUGUCAGUUUUCCUUUUGAAAGAAACCAGAUCAUGCAUUCCAGUAUCAUAGUGACCACAUACAGUACAGAACAAGACAACACAACUCAUCUUCCCGAAUGCAGCCCUUCCCUGCCUGCUAUACCUCUCAGCAUUCCUCGGCCUGGCUGGUGACUGUUUACUGUCAUUGUGUUAGUAGGCACUACUACUAGAGGCACGGGCUGGUCUCCACCAAAGUCACCUGUGGUGAAGUCUGCAUGGAGCAGUACUGGCUGCAGACUGCAGCCUGUCGUGGACGGUUAGGGCCAGAGAGUGGAACCCCCCCAAAGAGCCAUGUUGGCCCCCAUAGACUCUCUCUCAGUACAGCAGCCCCUGGGCCUGUGAGGGGGAAUACUGUGUGUGUUGGAUGGGAAUGGAGUUGGCCCUGCUUCAUACCUCUUUCACACUUGUCCCAGCCCAAACGGGGGGGAUCUUUUGGCUUGCUUUCCAGUGAAUAUAAUUGGUUUUAAGGUUAGCCUGCCAAUUUCCAGCCUGGUUGAGGUGGGUCAUGGCUAGCUAACUAUGUGCCUCUGCUCGCUUAAAAGCAGGAUGGUACUAGAUCUGGUCAGGUCGGCUUACACCAUCGUCUGAAAUGGGUAUUUGAGUCCAGUCAAUCCUUGCUCAGUUACCAAAAUCAAAGCAAUAGUGGGUUUUCUGUUUAUUUUGUUAUUGUUUUUAUAUAAAUAUACAGCUAAUACUAUAUAUCAGACCUAAUGCUAUCUUUAACCCUGACCUGAAACGUUCCUGCUUUUCAAAGGUGAUGCACAAUUUGGCUAUGAAAUGUUUUGUUCUUUGUAUGGUUAUUACAGAUUCACAAUCAAAGCAUGCCUUUUUGAUAUUCUUUUUAUUUAGAAAACCAUGCAUUUCUUCUGGAGAGAAUGUCUCCUUUUUGAUGGACUGGAGGUUCGGGCUCUGAUCCUCACUGAUGGUAUUCAUUCUGGUUUUAUAUGGUUACCCUAUAUGGUUACCCUAUGUGGUUUUAUAUGGUUAGCCCUAUAUGGUUACCCUAUAUGGUUUUAUAUGGUUAGCCUAUAU